ACCAAACAUAAAAAAGAUCCUCUUUCCUCAAUAAUAAUAAUCAUCAUCAUCAUUUAAAAAAAAUCGAAAUAAUAUCGAGUUUUGAUGGACGGCAACGAGCCCGACUCGAUCUAGGGUUAGGGUUUUCAUGGGAUGCGGCGCCUCCAAGAUCGACGACACACCUUUGAUCGUUCUCUGCAGAGAGAGGAGAUCCCUCAUCCGAGACGGCCGCCGACCGCCGCUUCCAUUCUCGCCGCCGGCCACGUCUGACUUACGUCCGAUCAUGCGCGGAGUCGGCGAGAGCGAUUACAGAGGUCGUCUACUGCUAUCCCGACGACGAUUUAUCAAAACCCUAGCGAUUGGGGUUAUCCGUACAAUUAUCCGAUCGGAUCCUCCGCCGCCGCCGGCUGCUGAAGGGGGAUCUGCUUGGGAUUUCUUUAAUCCUUUCAAUUCGUAUGAGCAAGGGAAGUACUCUGGUUAUUAUGGGGUCAGCUCGGCGUCAAGCAGUACUAAUUCAAGUGAGGUGAGAAAGAGGGAAGGGAUUCCUGAUCUCGAGGAUGAAACACAGCAGGACACAUUGGAGAAAGGGAAGAAAGUGAUGGAUUUUGGCGAAGGAACUUCGAGAUCGGUGCCAGAGGAGGACAUUGAAAAGAGCAUUGAUUCGGAACACGAGAAAGAGAGUAUAAGCAUAAGUGGGGGUAGUAAAGAGAGCAGCAUUAAGGAGAACGAAGGGCAGGCAAAGGAUGAAGGGGUGACUUUGGAGGAGGAGAGUCGGGCGAGCAAUGUUAACUUGGCGGCCGCUAAUGGGAAUAGGGACAUUAUGGAAGUAGUGAUAGAAAUCAAGAAAUUGUUUCAAUCAGCAGCUGAUUGUGGUGAAGAAGUUUCGAGGAUGCUAGAGGUGGGAAAGUUGAAUUAUAGAUCGAGGAGUAGAAUUUCUAGAGUUGUAUCUUCCAGGAUUUGGGAACCCAUGGGACUUUCUAUUUUAUCUACAAGACCUUUUAAGCAUUCACAAAGUUCUGCAACAAGGCCAACAAAGAACAGGAAUAAUCCUGCUGUCUCUGAAAAUCGCAUUGGUAUAAAGCCUGGCAAUCUGUCAUCGACUUUGGAGAAGUUAUAUGUAUGGGAGAAGAAACUUUACAAGGAGGUUAAGGAUGAAGAAAAGCUACGACGCAUUUAUGAAAAGAAAUGGAGGAGACUAAGACGUUUGGACAAUCGAGGAGCAGAGUCCAAUAAGAUUGAUUCCACUCGGGCAUCAAUAAAACAGUUGCAGCUGAAAUUAAGCAUUGUUAUUAGGUCGGUGGAUACCAUUUCAAGUAGGAUUCAUAAGAUAAGAGAUGAUGAGUUGCAGCCCCAACUUGUCGAAUUAAUCAAACGAUUGAUAAGAAUGUGGAAGUCGAUGUUGGAAUGUCAUCGGAAGCAGUUGCAGGCUAUACUUGAUAGUAAAACCCACAAUCUCAGGGCUAAAACUGGGGUCCAUGGACAUAUAGUCGCAAACGCCACCAAAGAACUGGAGAUCCAACUUGUGAACUGGUGUUCUUGUUUCUAUAACUGGAUCAGCAUCCAGAAAUCUUAUGUUGAAGCCUUAAAUGGAUGGCUCAUGAAAUGGCUUCCACAAGAAGAGGAAGAAACAGAAGAUGGGAUUCUACCUUUCUCCCCGAGCAGGAUCAAAGCUCCUGUUGUUUUCGUCGUCUCGAAUGAUUGGAGUAAUGCAUUAUUAAGGGUUUCAGAAUCAGAAGUUAUGACAGCAAUGCAUAAUUUUGCUGUGCACGUGCACAAUCUAUGGGAAAGUCAAGAUGAAGAGCAGCGUCUGAAACUGAAGGCAGAAUUUUUGUCCAGAGAUUAUGACCAAAGGCUCAACACUUUGAAAAGGGAUGGCAGGAUACAAGGAAAUAAUCUAGAUGUCGUCUCUGCAACCAAUGCUGGCCAAGUUUACCAAGAUGACACCAGGAAGGCAUUAGAGCUGGCGAGAAAAAGAUUGGAAGAGGAGAGAACCAAGCACAGGCAAAUUGCGAAACAAGUGCAAGAGGCAGCUUCCUCUACCCUCGAAACUGGGUUGCUUCCAGUAUUUGAAGCAUUGAGGGGUUUUAUUUCAGAAACAGUCGAUGCGUAUAAGGAACUUAGAAUACCAAAAGAAGGCGAUGGAGGUCCAUAACUGCAGAUAUUUCAAGGGCUCUGAGGAAUUCUUUGAUUUUUGACAUAUCGAGGGAGAGUUACGGAUAUAUACGGCAUCCAUUGAUUAGUUAUACGGGUGAUUGGUUGGUUUAUUACUUGCAGAGGAUACAUUAUAUAGGAGAUUUGAAAGGGAUAUACGGGAAUUAAGUAUAUUUACAGUCGAUAAAUACAUUCGGCUGAAAAGAGGGGUCAAAUGAUUUUGAGUGGUUAAAUUAGUAAGGAGGCAAGGUGAAAAAAAGUUUACAGAAAGUUUAGUUGCUAGGAACAUUGGUGAAAUUACCUCUGGUCAGUGAUUUUUCGACUUAAAGAUCAGUUGUUUCUCUUUUGAUUAUAGGAAAGAUCAGGUAACAGCUAACUGUAUUUAGCUUGAUGAUUCUUUUGUAUAAAAAAAAAUACAUGUUCCCUUCAAAAAAUUUUAGCCAAGAUUAAGCUAAAUUUUUGUGGUUACACUCCGCAGAUUAUCAUUUUGUAUUUAUUUAUUUGAGCUAAUUGGAGA